AUCAAGCACCUAGGCAUACAGAGUUCUUCUACAAACAUUUGUGAAAGAAUGGGUCACACUCAGAGCACCGUGCGUGGUACCAUGAUAGGUUGUCACCUGUGCAAUAAGUCCAUCCGUGAAAUUUCCUUGCUAUUAUAUAUUCUACGGUCAACUGCUAGUGGUAUUAUAACAAAGUGGAAGCAACUGGGAGCAACAGCCCCAAGUGGUAGGCCAUGUAAAAUGACAGAGCAGGGUCAGUGCAUGCUGAGGCGCACAGUGCGCAGAAGUCACCAACUGUUUUCAGAGUCAAUAGCUAAAGACCUCCAAACUUCAUGUGGCCUUCAGUUUAGCAUAACAGAGUAUAAAGAGCUUCAUGGAAUCCGCCAAGAAAGGUAUCGAACAUGUGCCUCUUAUCAUCUA